AUGUCUGCAACAAUGAAGUUUAAAUAUAAGGAUCAAGUGGAAGUAGCCAGCAAUGAGGUGGGUUUUGUUGGCUCGUACUAUGAGGCGAAGGUGGUGAAUCAAUUGCCUGGGCAAGCUUAUGUUGUGGAGUACCUUAAUCUGAUAGAGGACGACUUUUCUGGGCCUCUAAAAGAGAUCGUCACCGCCGCCGAGGUCCGCCCACCGCCGCCUGCGAUUCCGGUGGCAGGGUUCAAAUUGUACGAUCUGGUGGAUGCCUUUGACAAUGAUGGAUGGUGGGUUGGAAAGAUCACUAGGAGGAUUGGAAAUAAGUACUUUGUGUAUUUUGAACGUUCCUCCAAGGAUGAAUUUGCUUAUGAUUUUGAGAGGCUGCGACUUCAUCAAGAAUGGGUUAAUGGCAAAUGGAUUAUUCCCUAG